AUGUUUAUUCGCUCGUUUCUCCUAGUGGAUCCUUCCAAGAACAAUCUGAUCUCAGUUAAAGACGAAGAACCCAUUUCGUCUUUUUCCCUCACCGCCAGUGGAAGCGGUGACACUCAGCCCUCCGCCUCGGUGAACACAACUGCACUCGGUUCUGUCGUAACAGAAAUCAUCGCUAGAACCUAUUACAAGGGACUGCCUUCUAAUCCCCGAUUUAUUGCGACUACCAAGCCUGGACGACUCAAACUUCCCGAGGCCUAUCCAGUUUCGAAGGAGCUCAGAAUACUGGGCGACCAUCCGCUCGCCGCCUGUUGGGACAAGGUGGCCACUCUUCUUCGCAGCAGCAGCUUGAAUUCGUGGGGGGUUGACUGGACUAGUAUCGACGCAGUUCGUAUUCCUGAAGUCGGCGAGCCUUCUGGCCCUGCAAUUAUCUGGAUCGGUGUAACCCCAGGAACUAUCGACUUUGAGCAGGGCCACAUCUGGGCUGCUCAGUGUGGUCAAAUCAUCCACGACAGUGGCAUCGAGGACUGUCAUGUAGAAAUUCGAGGGUCGCGCGUCACGAGGCACAACGGGAUCAGACUCCUCGACCCUCUCCCCUACCACCGCAUCUUCACAGCUCGUGAGCCAUACACCCCCACACUCGGUAUCCCAAUCGCCCCAAGGGACAAUGAUUCGCAUGAAGGGACAGGUGGUUUUUUCCUUGGUGCCGGGGGAGAGAACAAGAAGAUUUAUCUAAUCACCGCACGUCACGUUGUCCUCCCUCCAACCGAAACGGAAAAUGUCGAAUACGCUCACAGUAAUCACGGUCAGCCACGCCAGGACUUUAUCAUUCUCGGCAAGUCCAAUUUCGAGAACAAAAUUAUGGCCGUAGAUAAUGAAAUCGACAUGCAAAACGAGAUUGCCUGUAAGGCCAAUAAUACACUAGACGAAACGGAGGGCAUGGACGAUGCAGAGUCCAACGAAACCCGGGAAUUCUACAAAUUACAACUGAAGGAGACCGAGAAGACUGUGAAGGCUCUAAAGACCUUGCGUGACGAGAUCACGACUCAGUGGCAGGAUAAAGAUGACCGCGUCAUUGGGCAUGUCGUCUGGGCACCCCAGUUGCCUUCUCCACGGAACCAGAUCAGUACACUCAAGAUUUCGCAGUCAUAG